GGGGGGGUCAGAGGGCGCCGCGCUGCGCAGGCGCGGGAGCGCGUGUGGCGCUGCGGGAUGAUGGCGGCGCGGUGGGUGCUGCGGGCGGCGCGGCAGGUCCUCCCCUCAGCCUGCACAGGGCAAGCGCGGGGCUACUAUGUGGACUGGAGGAUGCUGCGGGAUGUCAAGAGAAGGAAGCUGGCAUACGAGUACGCGGAUGAGCGGCUCCGGAUCAACGCCAUCCGGAAGAACACCAUCCUUCCCAAGGAGCUGCAGGAAGUGGCUGAUAAAGAGAUCGCUGCCCUGCCCCGGGACAGCUGCCCCGUGAGGAUCCGAAAUCGGUGUGUCCUGACAUCCCGCCCUCGCGGGGUGAGGCGGAGAUGGAGGCUCAGCAGAAUCGUUUUCCGUCAUUUUGCUGACCAUGCCGAGAUGUCUGGGAUACAGAGAGCUAUGUGGUAGAUCACCGCCUGGAUAAGCAUUCAGCAGAAAACACAAAACAGGCUCAGUCUUUGUGUUCGAGUAAUUAAAGCAAGGCUCCUGUCUCGGAGUCCAGCAUCAAUAUCAAACUAGUAACGGAUGGAUGAGAAGCCAUGGCCAUUUACUACACAGGCUUACUGGAUUGUGAGUGGUACCAGUUAUCUGUACGAUGCUUAUCUGUAUGGGAAGCAGUUUUAUUCUGGGGAGGGGGAAACACUACCUGAUGGUUGCAGAACUAAGCUGAGGCUUGUGAGAUGGACAACAUGAGAAAU